AACGCCAAACCCAGGCAAAAGCCGGUGGCUUCCAAGAAAGAUGGUGUAAGCCUCAAAAUGAUUGAAGACCUGAAGGCCAUGAUUGACAACAUCUCUCAGGAGGUUGCUCUACUGAAGGAGAAGCAAGCACUCCAGACAGUUUGCCUGAAAGGCACCAAAAUUCACCUAAAAUGCUUUCUUGCAUUUUCGGAGACCAAGACGUACCACGAGGCCAGCGAAAACUGCAUCUCGCAGGGCGGCACGCUCAGCACCCCGCAGAGCGGGGAGGAGAACGAUGCGCUCUACGACUACAUGCGCAAGAGCAUCGGCUCCGAGGCAGAGAUCUGGCUGGGCCUCAAUGACAUGGCAGCGGAAGGCAAGUGGGUCGACAUGACGGGUGGCCCCAUCCGCUACAAGAACUGGGAGACUGAAAUCACCACCCAGCCCGACGGCGGCAAGCUGGAAAACUGCGCAGCUUUGUCGGGGGCGGCCAUCGGCAAGUGGUUCGACAAGAGGUGCAGGGACCAGCUGCCCUACGUCUGCCAGUUCAUGAUCGUGUAG